AUCACACAUUCUCGUGCUCUGUGGGCCUGUUGUUGAAACAAGAGCUUUUCAUGCCUGGCUUUGCCUCGCAAGGCAUUCUGGCCUCUAUUGAUAUCGUCGACUCGAGUAUAUGAAGGUCCGCGGCACCGCUACUAAGGAUUCUCCUCUAUAUCUAUCUUCUUAUUACGCUUAUAACGAAGGCUUUCUGUUGAAAUCCAUAUACCUCACUCGAACGACGAAUCAGCUGCUCAGCACCCCGGCGUCAAGGUUCCAGAAGAUUUCAUAUAUUGUACAACCCCCCAAACUUCGAUUCAUUCGUCGAACCUCUACACUUUGCCGCCCUCUAUACAGGCCUCCCUGCUGUCUGUUUCAUAGAGUGUUUCAUUGUUUUCCCUUGGUCCACCCACGAAGCUUCUCUUCGGCGCUUCCAGCCAACCUCUGAUUGACUCUUUUCUAUGUUUUGUCAGUCCUCAAGCGGGGACUUCAGACCAAUGUCGUUUGGACAGGGUGGUUGCAACCCGAACGAGGCAAUGGACGAAUUCUACGGGGGUAUCAACGCACAUUGGCCGGUGAUGGAGCGUUCCCCCUACGGAACAGUCACUCAUCCAUACAAUGCAUCAGCAUACCAAAAUCCCGCCAUCCUCACACCAAUCAGCCUCCCAGACAGCUCGUACGCCCAGGCCCACACCCGCACCAGCCCAGUCCUCAGCAACCACUCCCAACAGCAAGAAUACCAAUAUCCCGUCUCCGACUCCGCCAUCCCUCACCAUGGCCUGGGCAUCACCACUCCUUUCCCCAGCGAACUCACGCGGGACGCGAGUUUCGGUCUGGGAAUCGCACCAACCAGUUACACCGGCUUGCGAGAAGAAACCAUCUCCCCGCAACCUUCAUUACCGCGGCGUCGUCAACGUCGAGAUUCCAGACAGCCUGCACCACACAACCCGCCAGUUCAGAUCCUCCCAAACCCACAUGGGGUCCAACUCCUAGAACAGCAACGACGACAAAGCUACGGCGACCCGAACACGCAGCGGCCCCGGGCUCCUGGGCGUGGGCGUAAAGACCCGCAGGCCGAGGAGGAAGACGCCUUUGUCGAAGGCCUCCGUGAGCAGAACCUCUCGUGGCGAACUAUCCGGGAUAUGUUCCGCGAGAGGUACAACAAGGAUGCUACGGAGGCGCGCCUGCAGAUGCGGCAGGUCCGGAGGCGCAAGGAACGACUGGCGCGCUGGGAUGAGCAUGAUGUUCGAGUUCUUUUACGCGCUAGACAUUAUUGGGAGCAGGAGAAGUACAGGCUUAUUGCACAAAAGAUGGCGGAAUUAGGAGCUACAACUACAUUUACAGCAGAACAAUGUGAAGCUCAAUUAGAUAAUAUUGAUGCACAGGAGCGAGAAAGAGAAGAGCAAGACAACGCUCAACAAUCACAUACAACAGAACCUCGACGCAAACGACGGCGAACAGAAACGAAAGAACCUGGAGAGAAAGCAUCUCAAAAAAAGACACCCCGAGAAAAAAAGAAAACAAAGACAGGAACCUAACCUUACAUUGAGAUAUGCAUUGCAAUUUCCCCCCCCUUUCAUAGACCUGUUUGAUUAUUUACUCAUAUAUACUUUGGGCGCAUUGUUUCUAGCCUUGAUCUUGUUGGGACCUGGAAGAUUGCAUGGAUGCGAGUGAUGCGCACUUAUUUUGCAUAGUUGGGAUUGGAUUCUUCUCGGCGCACCUUUUGCCUUGCCUUGCAUAUUUGACUGAUUCACAAUAUACCCAUACCGUCCGCUCAUUACUAUAGUCCUGACUCGCACAAUACACUU